GGAUUGCUGACAUUCAGGGAUGUGGCCAUAGAAUUUUCUCGGAAAGAGUUGGGGUGCCUGAACCACAGCCAGUGGGAACUGUACAGGGAUGUGAUGUUAGAGAACUAUGGACACCUCCUUUUCUUGGGUCUUGUUGUGUCAAAGCCAGACCUGGUCAUCUUUUUGGAACAAAAGAAGGAUGUCUGGGCUGUGAAGAGAAAGGAGACAGUAGCUACACACCCAGGUAGGUGAAACUGAAGCAGAUGACAGAGGUGAGGUCCAGUCGUGAAGGAAGAAUUGGACCUCAGAAUGUGGUUGAGCAGCUCUCCUUGAAUGGAAAUGAGGUUGAAAAGGCCAGUUUCAGGGCUCUUCCUCUCACAUGGGACAUCUGCUUUCCAACAUACCAUGCUUUCCAUUCUCUAAGGAUUCUCCU